CAGCCAAUCGAGAAGCGCAGACCAGAUUCAAAUAAAGACGGCGGGUGAACAUGGCGGACCGGACUUGGUCUGGGAGGUGAUCGACCUGCUUUCGGUAUUGAAGAUGUGGCGAGUAAAGAAAUUGAACCUCAGUCUGUCGCCGUCGCCCCAGCCAGGGAAACCAGCUAUGAGAACUCCUCUUCGGGAACUUAACCUGCAGCCCAGUGACUUCAGCUCAGGACCAGUCCCGGCUAUCUGCUCCACGCUGACCCCAUCACUGCGCAAGCUGGGGCUGCAGGAAGGCAGCCACAACUCAUCCCUGCUGGAUUUAGUCAAUGCCAAGACAACAGACUCCCCUUCAGAACAAUUCAGCUAUCCCUCAAGGUGGCUAGAAGCUUGUCAGAAUGAGUCAGGCAAGCAGCCUCUAGAACUGACUGCCCAAACCAACUCUAUUCCCAAAACAUUUGAGGAAGGAAUAGACACAGCGGAGGACUGUGUGGUUAAAACCAUGGUCCUUGAAUCCUCUUCAGUGGGGCAGAAGCAAGACAUGAUACUCGAGGCCCAUUCAGACACCAUGGCAGAGACAAACAGCAGCUCUCUAAAUGAGCCUUUGAGGCCAGAAGAUCUAGGGAGGAAGGAAGUGGCACCUUGCAUGGAAGACAGCUUUUUAGAAGUUACUGCUGCUAUGCCUGAGAAAGCUACAUUCCAAGAUUCUCCAUCUCAUCUCUUGGACUCUUCACCCUGUUCUGAGCAACAACUACAUUGCUCCAAGGAGAGCCUGAGGGACAGUAAGACUGAACCUGUACCUGAGGACUCAGUACCCUCUGAAAGUAACGACUUCGUGCCUUCCUCCAUUCUCUGGCUUUCUCCUUCACCUGGCUUGGCAGCAGAUUCCCCCACCAAUCAUGUGGACCAAGGGGAGGAAGGAGAAUUGAGCUUCCCCACGCCCCCUGAACAGGUUGAAUUGGGAGAUCAAGCACUUGUCUCAAAUGUGGAAAAUGUUCCACCCACAUGCCUGACACCAAAUCCAGGGGCAUCGGAAUCCCAGGCAGCUCCAGGCCCAGCAGACGAUGCUGGUAGGAUUCUUGGAUAUGAUUCAGAGACUUGGAUGUCCCCACUGGCCUGGCUAGAAAAAGGUCUAAAUACUUCAGUCAUGCUAGAAAAUCUCCGCCAAAGUUUAUCCCUUCCCACCGUGCUGCAGGAUGCUGCCAUUGGCACUACCCCUUUCUCAACUUGUUCUGUGGGGACUUGGUUGACUCCUCCGGCACCGCAGGAAAAGAGUAUAAACAAAUCCCAGAUCAGCCCGCUGGGCAACGAAGAAGAAAGUGCUUCAGAGACACAGCACCGCCUGUGGGGCCAUCAUCCUCCAGAUCUGACUGCCUUGUCUAGACAAGACCUGGAAGGUAAUCUGAUGAGCUCUCUUGUUAUUCUGGAGGUUCUGACCCGCCAGCUACAGGACUGGAAGAACCACCUGACUGUCCCUCACCCUGAAGCCCGGGACUGUAGCACUCAGACAGACACCUCUCCUAGUCAGGUAACUAAGGAACCUCAACAUCUUCAGGAGAGCCAGAAGAUUGGACAGACCCUGCAGCAAGCCAGGAACAUCAUGCAGUCAUGGGUGCUGGUCUCUAAAGAGCUCACAACCUUGUUUCACCUGUCCCUGCUGCACGUAGAAGAUAAAACAAGUGUGAGUCGGGAGUCUCGGCUUGCAGAAACUUUGAUGUCCUGCAGUGUUGAUGUGUUGAAGAAAUUGAAAGCAAAGCUCCAGAGCCUCAAAACAGAAAGGGAGGAGGCAAGGCUUAGAGAGGAAGUGGCACUCAGAGGCAAGGAUGUGGCAGAGACGGUGCUAGAGGCUUUCUGCGCACAUGCCAGCCAGCGCAUCAGCCAGCUGGAAAAGGACGUGAAAUUCACAGGGGAAUUCAGAGGCCUUCUGCAGGAGGCCCAGGCCCAAAUGGUAGGCCUUCAUACGGAGCAAGAAGAGCUGGCUCAGCAGACGGUGAGUCUGACUUCCACCUUGGAACAGGACUGGACAUCCAUGCAACUCGAUUAUGUGGCAUGGACAGCUUUGCUGAGUCGGUGUCAACAACUCACAGAAAAACUCACAGCCAAGAGCCGACAGGCCCUGCAGGACCAUGAUGUUGCAGUUGAGGAAAAGCGGCAGAUUUCCAGGGAGCUGGAACAAGCCUCUGCCCAUUUAGAGGACUGCAAAGGCCAAACAGAACAACUGCAAUUGGAAAACAGUCGCUUAGCAACAGAUCUCCAGGCUCAGCUGCAGAUUCUGGCCGACAUGGAUAGGCAGCUAAAAGAGCUGCAGAAUCAGCAUGCCCAUUGUACCCAGGACCUGGCCACAAAGGAUGAGUUGCUCUGCCAACUUACCCAGAGCAAUGAGGAGCAGGCUGCUCAAUGGCAAAAGGAAAAGACGGCACUACAACAAACACAAGCAGAACUGCAGCAACAACAGGCUGUGUUGGCCAAAGAGGUGCAGGACCUCAAGGAGACCCUGGAGUUUGCAGACCAAGAGAAUCAGGUUGCUCACCUGGAGCUGGGCCAGGUUGAGUGCCAGUUGAAAACCACACUGGAUGUGCUCCGGGAGCGCAGCCUGCAGUGUGAGACUCUCAAGGACACUGUAGAGAACCUAAAGGCUGACCUGACAAGCACCAUCGCAGAGAACCAGAAACAAGACCUGCAGAAGACACGGCGGUAUUCCCAAGAGCUCGGGGUGCUGACCAAGCAACUACAGAGCUUAACCUUCUUCCUACAGACAAAACUAAAGGAGGAGGCUGACCCAGAGACCCUUUCACUGAGCACAGCUCAUGCUUUGGCUGAGGAUCACCCUCCACCUAAUGGCAGUGCCUUCAUGGGGAGCAUCUGGAGAGCAGAGACAAAUGAAGAGCCAGAAUCAGCUCCUGUGCCCUUGCUUGGAAGUGGCAAGAGUGCUUUCACCCGAGUAGCACCAACAGUUUCCCUUCAGCCUCCAGAGAUCCCAGACAUAGAGAAGACUCUGGGAGAAAUGAAUACUAAGCUUCUUGAGCUUCACAGCCUGUGUACCCUGCUGCAAGAGUCUAAAGAAGAAGCCAUUGGGACUCUGGAGCAAAAAAUUUGUGCUCUGCAGAUGAGGCUGCAGGCCCAGGAAGAACAGCAUCAGGAAGCCCAGAAGGCAAAGGAAGCGGACAUAGAGAAGCUGAACCAGGCUUUGUGCUUGCGCUACAAGAAUGAAAAGGAGCUCCAAGAAGUGAUACAGAAGCAGAAUGAGAAGAUCCUAGAGCAGAUAGACAAGAGUGGCGAGCUCAUAAGCCUCAGAGAAGAGGUGACCCAGCUCACCCGCUCACUUCGGCGGGCAGAGACAGAGACUAAAGUGCUCCAGGAGACCCUGGCAGGCCAGCUGGACCCCAACUGUGAGCCCAUGGCCACCACCUGGAUCCAAGAGAAAGUGUGGCUGUAUCAGGAGGUGGACAAGCUGAGGGUGAUGUACCUGGAGGUGAAAGAUGAGAAAGCAAAACUCAUGGUCAAGUUCCAGAGCCAGAGAAACAUCCUAGAGGAGAACCUUCGGCGCUCUGAUGCAGAGUUAAAGAAACUAGAUGAGAUUGUUCAGCAUAUUUACAAGAUUCUGCUGUCCAUCCCAGAUGUAGUACAAAGUUGCAAGGAGCUACAAGGAUUGCUAGAAUUUCUGAGCUAAGAAACAGAAAGCAGCCAGUGGCAGUGGUGUGUACCUGUAAUUCCAGCUACUCGGGAGGCAGAGGCAGGAGGAUCACCUGAGCCCAGGACUUCGAGAUUACUUUGGGCAACAUAGUGAGACCCUGUCUCAAAAAGGGAAAAAAAAAAAAGAAGAAGAAACAAAGCUGGAUUCUCCUUCAUCCCUUUUUACCUGCAAUACCUUUUCACCCCCAAUACUAGGACCAAUUGGCCUAGAGCCAACUAUGUUUAAUAUUAUUUAAAUAAAGUGUAUUUAAUGUACUUC